CCCAUCAUCACCUUCAAUCCUGCUGCUCAGUUAGAGACCCUGCUUAUGGGUUUAGAGCUUAUUCACUUCAUCGACGGCACUGGCGCCCCUCCUCCUCAGACAAUCGCUGCAAAUGACACAACUGUUGCUGCUCCCAAUCCUGUAUAUCGACAUUGGUAUCGGCAAAAUAAGCUGAUUCUCCAUGCCCUUCGCUGCUCUAUUUUUGAUUCUCUUUACUCAUAUGUCUUUGCUGCUGCCACAUCUCAUGAUGCUUGGCUAAUUCUGAAGAAACUUUAUGCCAAUCGUUCCCAAUCUCGUUUAAUCAAUCUUAAAGGGAAGUUGGGUUUCAUUGCCAAGGGUGCUAAGGAUGUUCUCACUUAUGUGAAUGAUAUGAAACUUAUUGCUGCUGAACUUGCUCUCGUUGAUGCUCCAUUGUCAGAUCUUGAUCUCGUAGUUCACACUCUUCGCAGUCUCGGUCCUAAUUACAAUCAGUUCGUCGUUGCAGUCCGUGCUAGAGGAACCACCGUCACAAUUGAGGAUCUCUUGGAUUCGUUGAUUGAGUAUGAAGCCGAUUUGAAAGAAUAACAGCGGGUUUCAGCUGUUCCCACUGCCUUUUACACCUCUGGCUCUUCUCGCCGCGGCAGCAGUUGUGUCUCUCAAUUUCACGGUGGUGGCGGACCUUCCAGCAGCAGUGGCGUCUCUCAAUUUCACGGUGGCAGCGAAUCUUUUGCGCGUCCCAACCCUCCUCGCCAGCAGCAUCCGAGCUUGAGCUUGGGCUUUGAUAACUCAGGCCCAGGUCGUCCUCUUUUUUCCCAGGGCCCCCAUACUUCUCAUGAGUCCACUCGCCCACGCAGGCCUAUGGUGGUUUGUCAAUAUUGUGAGUGGACGGGCCACACAGUCCACCAAUGUUUUAAGCUAUUCCCUCAGGCCCGUCAGGCCUUUAAUCAAGCCCGCAAGGCCCA